GAGACCGGAGCCGGCUGCCUUCGAAAGGGCGGGGAAGAGCGCGCGCGGGCGGGAAACCGAGGAGCUGCUGCCGCCGCCGAGAGCGAGAGAGUUUGACUUUUCUGAGGUUUUAUUUUGAAAACUGGAUGGCAAGUGAGAUACAGAGCUUGUCACCUCUAGACUGCUGGCUUGAAUCCAUGCAAGUUUGAGAGAAUUGCUUGCUUAAGCAACAUUUAUUAAUAAAGGACGGGUCCUUUCAACUUUGAAGAUGUCAGCCAUUUCAGUGCUAAAGGAGGAGCUGGUUUCCACUGAUAGUGAGCUGCAGGCAGUAGAAAUCCAGAUUCAGGAACUUCUCGAAAGACAACAGGAGCUUAUACAUAAGAAGACGGUGUUAAAGAAUAAAAUAAAACAAUUUUCAGAAGAUUCAGAGGCUGGGGAAAGUGAAGAAACUGAAACCUCAGCUGAGGCAUGGAACAAACAAGACUUCCCAUGGUGUGAGAAGAUCAAAGCUGCACUUCGUAAUAGCUUUAAACUCCAGAAGUUUAGGUCUUUGCAGCUUGAAACAAUAAAUGCUACAAUGGCAGGAAAGGAUAUAUUUCUUGUCAUGCCUACUGGAGGUGGAAAGAGUUUGUGCUAUCAGUUACCUGCAGUAUGUUCUGAAGGUUUCACACUUGUGAUCUGUCCUUUGAUCUCACUUAUGGAAGAUCAGCUAAUGGUUUUAGAACAGUUGGGAAUUUCUGCAACUUUAUUAAAUGCUUCAAGCAGUAAGGAACAUGUAAAGUGGGUUCACACCGAAAUGCUGGAUAAGAAUUCGCAGCUAAAACUCAUUUAUGUUACUCCAGAGAAGAUUGCAAAAAGCAAAAUGUUUAUGUCAAAACUGGAGAAAGCUUAUGAAGCAGGGAGACUCACUCGUAUUGCUGUGGACGAGGUUCAUUGUUGUAGUCAAUGGGGACAUGACUUCAGGCCUGACUACAAGUCACUUGGUAUCUUAAAACGACAAUUUCCCAAUGCUCCAUUGAUUGGGUUGACUGCAACUGCAACAAGUCAUGUUCUGAAGGAUGCUCAGAAAAUUUUGUGUGUUCAGAAAUGCAUUACCUUUACUGCAUCUUUCAAUCGGCCCAAUCUUUACUAUGAGGUUCGUCAAAAACCUUCAAACAGUGAGGACUUCAUUGAGGAUGUUGUUAAGAUCAUCAAUGGAAGAUACAAAGGGCUCUCAGGAAUUAUCUACUGUUUUUCACAGAAGGACUCAGAGCAAGUUACCAUUAGUUUGCGGAAACUGGGAAUUAAGGCAGAUGCUUACCAUGCAAAUCUGGAGCCCAAAGAUAAGACCAAAGUUCACAAGGGAUGGGCAGCCAAUGAAAUACAGGUCGUAGUGGCAACAGUUGCAUUUGGCAUGGGAAUUGAUAAGUCAGAUGUGAGGUUUGUAAUUCAUCAUUCAAUGAGCAAAUCCAUGGAGAACUACUAUCAAGAGAGUGGACGUGCAGGUCGAGAUGACCAGAAAGCUGACUGCAUUUUAUAUUAUGGUUUUGGAGAUAUAUUCAGAAUCAGCAGCAUGGUAGUGAUGGAGAAUGUGGGGCAACAGAAACUAUAUGAUAUGGUAUCCUACUGCCACAACAUGAACAAGUGUCGCCGUGUAUUGAUUGCUCAGCAUUUUGAUGAAGUGUGGGAUUCUGCAAACUGCAACAAAAUGUGUGAUAACUGCUGUAGAGAGAAGCUUUUGUUUGAGAGAAUGGAUGUAACGGGAUACUGCAGGGAUCUAAUCAAAAUACUAGAGCAAGCAGAUAAGAUGAGUGAAAAAGUCACUCCACUGAAAUUAAUCGAUGCCUGGCUGGGCAAAGGUGUGUCAAAGUUAAGAGUGGCUGAUGUUGUUUCUCCAACACUCCCUCGUGAUGAACUGGAGAGGAUUAUUGCCCAUUUCAUUCUGCAGCAGUAUCUGAAAGAAGACUUCAGUUUCACAGCAUUUGCUACAAUAUCCUACUUGAAAAUAGGACCCAAAGCUGCUCUGCUGAAAAAUGAGGCACAUGUUAUCACCAUGCAAGGGAGAUCAAACAAAAAAAGUGUUGACAAGGUCAAAUCUCCUCAGUCUUCUAAUUCUGGAGGGAUUGGUGGAAACAUACGAGAAGACAUCUCUGAGACUAUCCAAAACUCUGCUGCAAAGAAGACAAAAGCACAGAAUCGGCGUCAUUGUGAGAACAAACCUAAAGCAAAGAAGCUUAAGCUUGAGGAUGAUGACGACUAGUUGGUAGUCCUGUACUGAAUUUUACAAUGAAAAAUGUAUCCAGGAUCCCACCAUUUCUGCUUCUUUGAGAACUCAGUGCAGAAAUAUAAUUUGUAUUUUAUUAAUUGCUUCUUUUAAAUGCAAAGGAUUUGUGUGUUUAUCAGAAAGGUUGGGCAAAAAACAAAUAUAUGCAAUUUCUGAACAUACAAGCAGACAAAAAACUGGCAUCAUGCAGUUCAGUAGACAAUGGAGAAACAAAGGGUUAUCCUCAAAAUAAUCAGUCCAUAUCUGAUGUCUCCUGCAGAUCAUUUCUGUAUAUAUUGCUUUUUUUAACCCUCUUUUAUUUUACAAAGCACACAAUGUCUGAUAGUAAAAUAUACUGUAGUAAUGCACUUAAAACUCAUAUAAACAUAAAGCAUCCUCAUUAUACCCUCUAGUUACACUCCUUCUAAUGAUGGGGAAAAGCAAACUAAACAGUAUAUAUUCACAUACACAACA